ACUCUUCUUUCAUUCUCUCUCAUCAUUUCAUAAUCUCUCUCAUAAAACCAAACCCCCCAAAAUAACAAAAGAUCUUACUUUAUUGUCCAAUACAUAUAUAGUUUUGAAGUUUUAGCUACCAUUUCUUUUUGGAGUUUAAUUUCAACCUCUGAAUAAAUCGAAAGUGGCGAUGAGAAAAAUGUUGUAAGCAUGUAUUCCUAGGAAAGCCGAUCCGAUCUAUAUAUAUCUCUCAUUCUUUUUUUGUGUUUUAGUUUGUUAUUAUUCUAAAUUUAAUUGUGGGAGAGAAUAAUGUUGCAGGAGAUGGUUCAUCCACAAGAUCAGCAACUCUCCAUUGAGGCAAUCAGCAGCCCCAUUGGAAACCAUUUAUUGGAAUUCAGCGAGUCUGAAUUAUUCCCAAAUUCAGAAGUUGGGUCAACCAAUUUUGAAAAACACCCUUCUUAUCAAAUACACCUCUCCAACAUUACCGCCGGAAUGAACAUCCUUGACGACAAUGAAAUCCCGCCGCCACCAUCCGCCCCGCCCAAGGACUACACCAUGCCCCCGCCGAUCCUAUUCGACGACGACAGCGACAUCUCGGCCGCUAUAGAUUUCACCACGUCCCCAUCCUUUUCCCACCACCAAUACAUCAGCAGCAGCAGCAACAACAACAACAACAACAACGACAUCGACAUCAACAUCAACAUCAACGACGACGAUGCUGAUCAGGACGCGUUCGACAUAUCCUCCUUGAGCAGCCAGCUCGACAUGGCGCCAAACGGGUCUUCGUACGGCGAGCGGUGGCCGGGGUACGAGGAGGAGUGCAUGCCGUCUUUCAUGCGGCUGAAGGCGUCUCAGCCGCAGCCGGGGGGCUCUCUGAUGGACUCCAUGAUGGUGCCGUAUCUGCCGCCGCCUACGGUUCCGUUCCCAUCGGCGCAGAGCUCAGGGGCUUUCAUGGGGAUGUUGCCAUCUCAAGAUUUGGAAUUUCAAGUUGAUAAUAAUGGAUUUUUCAUCCCUGAUAAUAUGCAAAGAGUUUUCAACUGCUCUACCGAUCUCCAGACACUAAGUAAUGAAAGCCAACAUCUAUAUGGAGGAGCAACCACAACCACCACUUCAUCUCUAGCAUCAGAGAUUUCAAGCUUGGAAGAUCCCACGUACAAAGUGGGCAAGAUCUCAGUUGAAGAAAGGAAAAGAAAGAUUCACAGAUAUUUGAAGAAGAGGAACGAAAGAAACUUCAGCAAGAAAAUCAAGUAUGCUUGUCGGAAAACCCUAGCAGAUAGCAGGCCUAGAGUGAGAGGAAGGUUUGCUAAGAAUGAUGAAUUGGGAGAAGUUGGGAGGCAUAUGGGAAACAACCAUGAAGAUGACGUGGAUGAAGAUGUUGGUCUAUAUUCGACUUCCAUACCGGAUCAUCAAAGAAAGGUUGUGAAAGAAGAAGAUGACUCCUCGGAUAUUUUGGCACAUAUAAGUGGAGUAAAUUCUUUUAAGUGUAACUAUCCGAUUCAAUCUUGGAUCUAAGUAGGGAGUUGAUUAAUUUGAGCAAUUAAUUUGGCAUAUGUGAUGAUUUGGAUAAAUCUAAAGACCUAUUUUAUCUUUAUAUUUAACAACCACCAUGAAGUUGUUAUAUUAGCAAUGUACUUGUAUAGUAGCAUAUAUAUACACGUAAUUAAUUAUUAGUAAAAUUACACGUUAGUAAGUGAUAUUUAAUGUAA